AUGUCCGGACCCAGCCCCUCCCCGGCCGGAGCAUCGCCGGCUGGGGGAAGUGUUGCACCCGGUGCGGCUUACUCUUCCCCGCCCAAGCGGUCUCCGGCUCUUGCAACAACGCAUGUGCCUCCUCCAACAACACAAGCUGGCCUUGUUCGUAGCACAGGCGCCAGUGUCGCACCGACAACCCUGACGACCGGGGGAUCACCAUCUAUUAUGCCAUCGUUGCGGCCGGCAACAAGUUCUGUACCCCUUUCGACGCCGACGCUACCAGUUUCGGGUCCAGCUCCAGUUCCAGUCCCAGCAUCAGCCACGCCGGCCAAACCGACACCGGCUCCGGCCCCACCGGCCCAUGUGCGGGCACUGUCCUCCGUAUCGUCACCAAGUCCGUCACAAGCAACGCCAUUGCAGCCUUCACAACAGCGUUCUAGUUUAGACGUCGAUGCCGUUGAAAAAAGACGGCAGGAUCUGACACAACAGAGCCAACAAGGCCAGCGCGCACAAAGCAUGCCUCGGCAAGUGCAAGUACCAACCUCGCAGCCUCCCCAGCAGCAAUAUGCUUGGAAGCCUUCACAACUGUCACCAUCGCCACAGCCAUCGCACCCGGCGAACCAGCCUUUACCGCACAGUCACCAACCACAACGGCCGCCGCAUGCUCCAGUUCGGCCACCAGACCCAGUCAUAAGUCGCCGUGCGCCCAUUGUUAACCGACCCCCGCAAGGUCCUCCUCCGCCGGCUCCUCCACGUGUCGAGCCGAUUUACUCGGAUCCCCGCGGCGGUAUCCCGCAUCCGUCACCGGGACACGACUACGCGCGGGAGAACCCCAAGAUCCAGGAGGACUAUAUGCGCCUGACCUUUGCGAUCGAGCAAAGCGUGUCAGCUGCUGUCCGGUGUGCAAUACGCCAGAACUGGCAGAAGUGUCUUAUGGGUACCAGCUUCCACCAAGGCUUUAUGCUCAACGCGCUUCUUGAUAGUGCUCCGGCAGAUGUUGCAAAGGGCUCCAUUAAGGAUUUUGGAAGACGAGUAGUGAAGAUUGCGCGAGCCGAGUUCGUGUCACAUCUGGACACGGCGGACAUUGACGAGAUUGCCGGUAUCAUCCUGGCCAAGGCCAGCAACCAGUUUCUCGACGCGGCACUCGAAGCUCGAUUGCGUACAAUCGAUGCGAAGCCGCUGAUCAAUGCUCUUGCGCGUGCUGAGCGGCUUGGCUACGAACCGGACGACAUUGUUGAAGAGCCCGUCGGUGGACAAGAACGGGUCAUCCCGCAGAAUGUGCCAGAACCUCCUCCGCCAACAUCUGGGCCAGCACCGCCGCCUAUGAAGCAGUGUCGAAUGUGCAACCGGGUCUUUGAUAAGGAGCCACCUUAUGUUUAUCAUGUCGCAAACCAAGUUUGCAUGCAGCGGCCUGAAGGCCAAGAAGGAUUUCUCUUCUCGUGCUCAAAUUGUGGUCAAGGCUUUGAGAACAAUUAUGCCCUAACAUAUCACAACUCUACUGGCGCCUGCUCAAAAUACGAGACACGGAAUGAUGCUCUCCCGGCGCCAAAGCCUCCGGCAACAAUGCCAUCGACAGCAUGGCCUUCAGCCACGAUGUCCCCGGAGCCGACAGCGCACGGCGCUGUAGGUGGUAAUUAUGGCCAGUCAAAGGAAAGUACCUUCCCGGCAGCACGAUCAACGGCCACUCCUGUCCGCAUGAUUCAGUCGCAACAAACAGGUUCGCCGUCGGGUCCUGGACUGAAAACGCCCACCUCCGACCCGUAUGCACACCUGUCCGAGGCACAGCUCGCGGCGCUGAACGAAGAGCUUCAAAAGGCAGAGAAGAUGUACACCGAAAAGUUCCGCGAAGCAGAAGAGAUUGUCGACCUGGCCGAGCGACAGACGAUCAUCGGCAACCUAAAGAACUCGUUUGGCACGAGACAGUCCAUCAUCCGGAAAAAGUGGGGCGUACGGCUGCGCGAACGUCGCACCAAGGCCGAAAUUGAGGCGGAGAAGGCGCGCAUGGGCCUGCUGCGUGGCGCCAAAGACAGCUCGCCGGCCACCGGUAGGUCGUAUGGCAGCCGGUCGACGCCCACCUCGUCGCAAGCCAACGGUACCAGUUACGAUUCCGUAAAACGCAUGCGCACAGACGAUGGCACGGGCUCGCAGCAUGGCACGGGCUCGCAGCAUGGCACGGGCUCACGGGGCUCGUUUGACGCAUCGGAGCCCAAACGAAAAACACCUACGCCGGCAUAUCACUUGCUUGAGACGCCCCGCGCGCAACCGCUGCCGCGACCCGUGGCCAACGAUGACGACAACGCCAACAAUUCGGACUCGUCAUCCGACAACGACGAUAUCCCGGCCCGGCUACCCGACUCGGUGCGGCAGAGUUUGAGUGCGAGCCAGCGGUUGUAG